AUGAGCAGCAAGCACACAGCACAGGGCGCGUCAAGGCUCCAAUGGCUCUCGAGCCUCAACUCUACAGGGACCGUCGAUCUCCAGGAGCAAAGGUAUCUGAGAAAGACGGCCAUCAUCGCAACCAUCGGCCCAAAGGUCAAUAACCCGGAGAUGCUCCAGAAGCUCAGAGAAGCUGGAAUGAACAUUGUUCGAAUGAACUUCUCCCAUGGCUCUUACGAGUAUCACCAGAGUGUCAUUGACAACACUCGCAAAGCCAUCGCAGACAAUCCGUCGGGACGACCUCUUGCAAUUGCCCUCGAUACCAAAGGACCAGAGAUCAGAACCGGUUUGAUGAGAAACGACCAGGAUAUUCCUAUCAAAGCUGGUCACGAAUUUAUCGUUUCUACCGAUGAAAAAUACAAGGAAUGCUGCGAUGACAAGGUCAUGUACGUCGACUAUACAAACCUUCCCAAAGUUACCGAGCCAGGCAAGAUGAUCUACGUCGACGACGGAAUUCUCUCCCUCCUCGUUCUGUCCAUCGACGGCACCAAUGUCCACGUCCGCGCCGUCAACAACGGCACCCUCAGUUCCCGCAAGGGCGUCAACCUCCCAAAGACACCCGUCGACCUCCCUGCUCUCUCCGAAAAGGACAAGAACGAUCUCCGCUUUGGUGUGAAGAAUGGCGUCGACAUGAUCUUUGCCUCGUUUAUCCGACGUGCCCAAGAUGUUAUUGACAUUAGGGAGACGCUCGGUCCCGAUGGUGCCAACAUCAAGAUUAUCGUCAAGAUUGAAAACGAACAAGGUCUGGAAAACUUUGAUGAAAUCUUGAGGGAGACGGACGGUGUCAUGGUCGCUCGUGGUGAUCUCGGUAUCGAAAUUCCCGCCAGCCACGUCUUUUUGGCUCAGAAGAUGAUCAUCGCCAAGUGCAACAUGGCUGGAAAGCCCGUUAUUUGCGCCACGCAGAUGCUCGAAUCGAUGACCUAUAACCCAAGACCGACUCGUGCAGAGGUUAGCGACGUCGCAAAUGCCGUUCUCGACGGUGCGGACUGUGUCAUGUUGUCGGGAGAGACCGCCAAGGGUGCCUACCCAAUCCAAUCUGUACAAAUGAUGGCCGAGACGUGCAUCCUCGCCGAGUCUGCCAUUUGCUACCCACCACUCUACGACGAGCUCCGAGACUGCACAGCCCGUCCGACGGACACUGUCGAGACAGUCUGUAUGGCCGCAGUUGGCGCCGCAUCCGAACAAGGUGCAGGUGCGAUCCUCGUCCUCUCGACCAGCGGUAACACGGCUCGCCUCAUCUCCAAGUACCGUCCCAACGUUCCGAUCAUCACCGUUACGAGGAACCAGCAGACGGCGCGUCAGAUCCACUUGCACCGUGGCUGCUAUCCGUUCUGGUACCCAGAGCCACGCGGUGUGCGUGCUGAUCAGUGGCAGACAGAUGUGGACAACAGAAUCCGCUUUGGCCUGAAGAGUGCAUUGGAGCUCAAGAUUAUCCAACCCGGAUCGGCCAUUAUCGCUGUCCAGGGAUGGAAGCAAGGCAGCUUCAACACGAACACGCUGAGAAUCUUGACUGUCCCAACGGACAUGGCCGAUUUGGCGCACAUGCCACUCACCGCCUAG